AUAUCGAUAUAUUUUGCGAACAAUAUUGUUUAAGAUUGAUUUAUUACAGUACUAACGUCCUUGAAUAUUCUUUAAGGCUUAAUGAAAUUUUUAUGAUUCUUUGUAUUUAUAUAUAUUAAUUGUUUUUCUUUUUUUUUUAGAUUAAAUGUAGAUAAAUUUAAAAAAUAUAGAAUUCGAAAGAAUAAGAAAAGAAAUAGAAUAAAGUGUUAGGAAAUUAUAGAAAAAUUUGAACAUUGGACCACCAAGGUCAUUCAUAAAUUAUAGUGUGCUGUUUACGUAGAGAAAAAUAUGGAAUUCGCACGUGCUUGGAAAGUGUUGUACCAACAUCUAUACAUGGUUUGUUCGAAGCAAAUGAACAAUUUUUCACCAAUUGUGAUAUAAUUUGUACAGUCAAAUUUUGUUACGAAUAUUUUUUUUUGAAGGUUAGAUAUCUUAUACAAUUAAUGUAUUUAACAUUCGACUAACCUUCAAAGAAGUUGCAUAAAAUAGGUACACAAUAAUUGUAUUUUUUUCUAGUGAAAUCUUUUUUAAAUAAAUCGAUUGUUUUGAUCAAUUGAUUUAUCUUUUCGCACAAGAAUUAUGUUAGAAAAGGUGCCAUUUUUGCCGAAGCACAGAUAUAAUAUAAUUCAUAGUUAAAUAUUUUUCUAACGGUUCAGUGUUAUAAGGAGGAAGGAAAUUUUAUAGAAAAUGAAUUGAUUCAAAUUUAAACUCGAAUCUGAGUUUCUUCGAUACCGGAUAUGAUGUCGAGAGAUUUAAAAAUAUACUCAGUGUCUUCAGGGUAUUUGAAGUAUGUAAAAUAAUGUGUAAUAAAAACUAAAAAGCAGAAGUCAUGAAAGCUACAUACAUAUAUGCUGCAUUAGCUGCACGGCUUGCUAAAAGAGGGCUUAUUAUUGGAUCAGAAAAACAGGAAUCUACAAAGAAGGAAUCAAGAAAAAAAAUCCAUGAAGAAGUAAUAGCUGAAGAUUAUGAUAGUACGAAAGAUGAUAUUAACCAAAUUGACAUAUCACAAAAAUUUAUGGGAUAUAGUGGUUGUCCUAAUAAGUAUAAUAUUUAUCAUGAAUGUACAAAGAAGUGCAAAGAGUUAUGGGGUCUUGGGCAUGUACAACCUUCUGACAAAUACUUGAAAAAGCAAAUAAGAUUAAUACAGAAGUACCCCUUACCAGAAACCUGGAAAGCUGUUUAUGACCCUGGAUCUGGUCAACAUUAUUAUUGGGACUGGUCAUCUGAUUUGGUAUCUUGGCUACCACCGGGUCACCCAAAAUGUCAAAUAUCUCAACCAGCUUCUCAGUUAAGAGAAGAAUUACAUCUAAAAGCAGCAGAUCAGGAUGACAAUAUGUCUAGUGAUGACAGUGGUAGUGAGCAAGAGGCAAUGGAAAUGGAUGAACCAGACACAAAGAAAGAUAAAAAAUUAGAGACUAGAUCAAGACACAAACCAGGAGACAGUAAAAGAAAUCAAAGAUUAGAAAAAUCUGAGAACAAAGAGAAGAAAGACAGAACUUUAGAUCCUAUGGAUCCAGCAUCUUACAGUGAUAUUCCACGGGGAAAAUGGUCUGAUGGUUUAGCACGACACAAUGAAGCUAAAACAGGAGCAGACACAACUGCUUCAGGACCACUUUAUCAAAUGAGGCCAUAUCCUAGUCCAGGCGCGGUUUUGCGAUCAAAUAGAGCUAACAAAACAGAUUCAGAAUCGUCUAACAAACCUAAAGUAUCGUGUCCUGAAAAACCAGAAUAAAUUUCUUUUUUAUAGCUUUCAGUCUAUUAUGCAAUUUAUUAUACAUGUCUAAUGUAAAUAUAGUGUAACUUAUGGAAUUUGUCAGUAAUCUUAUUAUUAUAUUAUCUCUAUGUCUUAUCUUCAAAUCUAAUUUGAAAGCCAAUAACAGACAAAGUAAUAUGUACGAAAAAAAAUGAUUGACGUUCAUUUAACGUAUAAUUUACAAUGUCAAUAAUUUACACAUUUCUUAAACAGAAAAAAUUAUCACUUGUUUUUGAGUCAUUUUAACGCUAUAUUUUUCAAGUUAGUUUUGAUCCAAUUGUAUCUCUUUAUCAUUAUUAAACAUGCAUGAUAUCUAGUUUCAAUUUUACGUCAGUCAUUUUUUUCAAAUAUUGAGCCUUUCUGUAAAAGCGUAGUUAGUUAAAUAUUACAUAAGUAUUGUAAUUGCAAAACUGGAGUUUUAAAACACUUAUUGAAAACAGUAAUAUUAUCACAAAUAAAUAAUCACGCAGUAAAAUA